AUGUUCGCCGUCACCGCUGUGGUUCUCGCCUUGUCGGCAACGAGCUCGCAGGCUUUCUUCUUCGGCGGCGGUUCUUCUUGCGGAUGUUCGGCGCCGCCAGCUUGCCCUCCACCACCGCCACCAGCGCCGUGCGGCGGAGGUGGUGGCUACGCGGCUGCGCCAGCUCCGAUCGCCUAUGCUCCAGCUCCGGCCUAUGCUCCGACUUAUUCUCAAGGACCAGUUGCUGUUCCAAGCUAUUCGGCUCCAGCUCCAGCGGUUAGCUAUGGAUCCUCGUAUGCCGCUCCACAAGUUUAUGCGCCACAGGCUCAACCUAUUGGUGGAGGAGGUUAUGCCGCCCCAGUGAAGCGAAAUGUUGAUCAUGAAGACACCGGUGUUGAUCAAUCCGAAGGAUAUCGUCGUGUGAAGCGCGACGAUGAAGCCGUAUUCGAUCCAAAGUGCAAUUCCGAAGAUUUGAAGACGAUCAUCCUGCAAAACAUUAGCGAGAAUACCGCCGAAUCCAAGAGAAAAAUUCAAGCGGCUGCCGCUGAUGCCAUCGGCGGAAGGGUUGAUGUUAUCUGUUCUCGCAGCACGUUCUCCUACAUUGUCAACACCGAGUUAUACUGCGAGACGGAACAAAACGGAACGACAUGUUUCGCCUUCAAACAAUCCUCAUAA